GGUGGGAAGGGGGGGUGGGGGGGUGGAUGAUGGCGGAGCCGCGUCGGGUGCCGUUCAUUAGUCUGUCACCCGUGAGGCGACGAGAAGGUGAGUCUCCGGUGCUAGAGCGAGAGACUGGAGGGGGCCGCGAGGCAGAGCAGCCAUUAGCGCGUGAGGGCCUGAAACUACCAGAUCAGGAGCACCACCACCACCCCUAUGAGAACAGUCCGGUAGAGCCGCCGUCGCAACCCUUUGAAUCUUGUCCUCGGCCAGAGUCUCAUCCUGUGUCAUUACCGCGGGAGAUCAGCCGGCCUGAGCUGACACCAAAGCCACCUCAGCCGCCACCCCACCGAGAGUCCCCAAGGCCAGAAGCACCGCCGCUGUCGUCUCAUCAGCAGCUAAAUCAAGAGAACAACCGACAGGAAUCGCCGCCACCGUUGGAUCAGACGGUUCGCUUUGAGUUGAUCUUGAAAGAUCCCACGGAGGAGAGCUGCGUGGAGUUCAGCUAUCCCGAGUUGCUUUGGAGUGGCAAGGCCCGGAAAAAGUCACUCAUUGAAGACCCAUUUGAUAAUGAAGAGCAUGAAAGGCAUGAAGUGGAAAUGCUGGCUAAGAAAUUUGAAACAAAAUAUGGUGGAAAGAUCCACAAACAUCGGAAGGACCGAGCUCAAGAUCUGAUAGAUAUGGGUUCUGGUUAUGAUGUAAAUGAUCCGUUCAUCGAUAAUUCAGAAGCUUAUGAUGAAUUAGUUCCUGCAUCCUUGACUACUAUAUAUGGAGGCUUCUACAUUAAUACUGGAAUUCUGCAAUUCCGCCAAGCAUCUGAUUCUGAAGAGGAGGAUUUUACAGGAAGCAGAAAGCAUAAACCAUCAAAGUUCAGCAAAAUAAAAGAUGGCGAUGACCGCAGUAUGAAGAAACGAAAGCGAAAAGAAGAAGAGGCAGAGAAGGAGAAAAAGCCUCGGAAAAUUAAAGUUACUAAGCAGUUGGGGGUAAUAGCAUUAAAUUCACACAAAUCUGAAAAGAAGAAGAAAAAAUUAUACAAGGAUUCUUUUUCAUUGGCUGCUAUGAUCCGAAAAUUUCAGAAAGAGAAAGAAGCUUUUAAAAAAAAGGAGGUUAACCUGAAUCCCACAGUAGCAGCUACCUGUUCUACACCCAGUAAACUUCCUUUGGCUCAUUCCACUGGUGGCAAUGAUAUGUCUGACUUGAAUCUCAGCAUUACAGAUCCAGUCCUUUCCAUUUUUGGCAGCACUAAUGAACGUGAGCUCCUGCAGGAAGCUGAAAGUGCCCUGGAGAUGCUGGGAGACAUUGAUUUUGAUAGGUUGCUUGAUGGUACCUCUGAUGGAAGCCCAGUAUCUGAGCCUUUAGGAGAAAAUGGAAGUGUCACUCAGCCCCCCCAUACUGCUGAGGUCCUGACACUGAAACAAGUGCCUGCCCUCCCAGAAGGUCUACCGGGAAAUCUAGAAAAGCGUAUUGAAGACCUUAGGACUGCUGCCAAGCUUUUUGACGAAGAAGGCAGAAAGAAAUUCUUUACCCAGGAUAUGAAUAAUAUCUUGCUCGAUAUUGAGAUGCAACUACAGGAAUUGAAUCCUACUUUCCGCAGUGGAGUGUAUUCUCAUCUUGAAGCUUUUGUGCCAUGCAAUAGGGACACAUUGAUAAAACGUUUGAAGAAAUUGCAUCUCAAUGUCCAGGAUGAUCGCUUGAAGGAACCAUUGCAAAAAUUGAAGUUGGCUAUCAGCUGUGUCAUGCCUGAACAACUAUUCAAAUACCAGGAAGAUUGCCAGGCACAUAGUCAAGCCAAGAAUGCCAAAAUGCAAGCAGAAGAUGAGCGAGACAAGAAUGGUUCAGAAGAGGAUGACGACGAGAAACCAGGGAAGAGGAUUGCAGGUCCAAGAAAAAAAUUCCACUGGGAUGAGACAGUGAGGGCUUUGCUGUGUAACCUUGUCAAGAUAAAGCUGGAUUGUUAUGAGCUAGAGCCAAAUAAAAGUCAAUCUGCAGAAGAUUACCUCAAGACAUUUAUGGAGACAGAGGUGAAGUCUCUUUGGCCAAAAGGUUGGAUGCAAGCUAGGAUGCUCUUUAAGGAAAGCCGAAGUGUUCAUAAUCAUCUCACAUCUGCUCCGGCAAAGAAGAAGGUGAUUCUGGCACCUAAACCCAAAGGAAAGGACUCUAGUCCAAAGAAGGAGCAGAGAGCAUGUCCCCCUUUUACUUCAGCCUGUGUUCCUGCUUCAAGUACUAGCACACCUAUCAAUGCUGUAACCAGCUUUAUUCCAGCUCCAGAGACAAUUUGCCUAGAUGACUCACUGGAUGAAGAUCUGUCAUUUAAUCCGCCUUCACUGGAUUCUGUUUCUGAUGCUUUGGCUGCUAUUAAUAAUGGGGUCAAGAGUUCUUCUUUUGUGUCCCCUGUAGACACAUCUGCUUCAAGACCUCGGGCCGGGCUAAGAGAAGAGAAGUUAGCAAGCAUAAUGAGCAAAUUACCUUUGUCAUCCUCAAAAAAGAUAGAGACGGUUCAAACACAACAUUCAUCAAGUCUUAUAGCUGGACACACAGGACCAGUACCAAAGAAAUCCCAGGAUUUGCUUCAGACUGGUAUCUCUUCAGGCCUUAUUGCUGGAUCUUCAAUUCAAAAUCCCAAGGUUUCUUUGGAACCUUUGCCAGCCAAGCUUCUGCAGCAAGGGUUACAGCGGUCAAGUCAAAUACAAGCUGCUUCUUCCCAGACCCAUGUUUCUUCCUCCUGCAAAGGGCAAGCUACAGCUUCUCCUACUUCACAAAGGCCAAAGGAUACAGUUAUGCUUGUAACCUCCUCAGAAGUCCAAAGCUGUGGUCCCUCAACAGUACAAGUGGCAAAAGUUCACCAGCAGCCCACUGCCCAACAAAAAUAUGUGUCUCCUCUGCAAGUUACUAUUAGUAAAUCUCAAACCAAUCCUGUGGUAAAAUUAAGUAGCAAUCCCAAACUUUCCUGUUCUUCCCCAGUAACCAAGACUUCAGAUAAACCAGUAGUAUACCGCCUUCCUUUGUCUAAUGCCACCUCUGGGAGUUCCCAAAUGGUUCACCCACUUGUGUCUCGGACAACAUCCUGCACCUCUACCUCUAGUAAUUAUUUGGCCAAGGCCAUGGUAUCACACGUUUCUGCCCAGGGUUUCAAGCCUCCUUUCUCCAUGGUUCCCUCUCCUAAACCAGCUAUCUCUCCCAAACCCUCAGCACCCAAGCCUUCGGUAACAUCCAAACCUACUGUAUCCCUUAAACUGCCCUCAUCUAAGUCCACCUCUACAAUCAAACCCAUAUCAUCGUCUAGUUCUUCCAGUCCAAGUACAUUAGUAUCCCAGAACAGUCACUCCAACAACAAUUCCCUUCAUAAACAGUCCAGUGGAGUAAGUGUCAAUCGACAAUCUUCCACACUUAAUUUACUUUCCUCUAACCGAACCUCAGGCUUUCAACCAGCAAAGAAUCCUCAAGCCCCUUCUAAAUUAUCCAGUUCCUCUGCCUCUGCAACUGCUGGCAAAAAUAACCUGAGUGGAGUUGGAUUGAAUGUACCUAUCAAUAGGGGAAGCAGCUUAAAUGCAAGUGGGGCUAGUAGAACUAAUCCCUCUGGAGCAGCAGGAAGUGGAGCACAGGGUGCUACUAAGCAGUUAUCAACUCCACAUAGACCAUCUUCUGCCUCAGGGUCUACAGUUAUACCAGCCAGUGUACAGUGCUCUAUAGCGUCAUUUUGAGGGUAGGAGUUGAAACAGUUUAUGUCCAGGAUGCGAGGGAUCUGCAAAUAUUUUCACGGCCCUCUUCUUGAUUCGUGCAGUAUACAGGUCCUCAAUGGAAGGCAGGUUGGUAGCAAUUAUUUUUUCUGCAGUUCUAAUUAUCCUCUGAAGCCUGUGUUUUUCUUGCUGGGUUGCAGAACCGAACCAGACAGUUAUAGAGAUGCAAAUGACAUACUCAAUAAUUCCUCUGUAGAACUGAAUCAGCAGCUCCUUGGGCAGUUUGAGCUUACUGAGUUGGCGCAGAAAGAACAUUCUUUGUUGUCCUUUUUUGAUGAUGUUUUUGAUGUUAGCUGUCCAUUUUAGAUCUUGCGAUAUGAUAGAACCUAGAAAUUUAAAGGUUUCUACUGUUGAUACUGUGUUGUCUAGUAUUGUGAGAAGUGGAAGUAUGGAAGGGUUUCUCCUAAAGUCUACCACCAUUUCUACAGUUUUGAGCGUGUUCAGUUCCAGAUUGUUUUGGUUGCACCACAAGGCUAGUCGUUUGACCUCUCCUCUAUAUGCGGAUUCGUCAUUGUCUCGAAUGAGACCAAUGGAGAGCUUUUGCACUGGAGACGAAUUCCUUGUGUGUCUAAUCAUAGUUGGCAAAUAAACUGUUUUGUUCUGUUCUAUUCUUGAAAAUCUCACUGAGCCAAGUUUCUGUAAAGCAGAGAAUGGCUGAGUUAAAAAAAAUUAGGCUUCCUAUUUAGAGGGAGAAGUUCAUUCAUUGACAAACCUACAUUUGACAAACCUACAUUCAUUAAUGAAUGUCGAUUUGUUAGAUGAAGCAAUGGGAGUGGAAUCCUAACCCCGCUCCUCAGCAUGCUUCCUCUUUUUCACUUCCUUUAUAUUCUCCAGCUAUGGAAGAGAAGUGUUGCUUCUCUGAUCAUAAUAUCCACAUAACUUCUUUCUGCAUUAGCAGAGACAGGAGAAACCAGAGGAAGAAUAUUCUUAUAAAGUUGUCUGUUGUUCAGAAGCUCAUUUUUGGUGUAUGUAGUCUAUAAUGCAGUGGUUCUCAACUUUUAUAGUGCUGCGACCCCUUUAAUACAAUUCCCCACGAUGUGGCGACCCCUUUAAUACAAUUCCCCACGAUGUGGCGACCCCAACCAUAAAAUUAUUUUCGUUUUGAAAUUAUUGCACCUGAAGCCAUAUUGGCUAGCGAUCUGAACUGCUUGCGAUAGCCUUGAGGACGGAGGCAUUAAAGCAGAGACUCCUCCCCUAUUAAGUUUAUCGCGCCUGAAGCCAGAUUAGGCUAGCGAUUGGGAGUGAUUGCAGCUGGCUUGAGAGGGAGACAUCAGAGCAAAUAUUUCUCUUUUUUAAUUCAUUGCGCCUGAAGCCGAAUUCGGCUAGUGAUUUGAAGAGCCUGCAGCUGGCUUGUGGAGUCAACCAUUGGAGUGUGAUUCUUCGACUUGCAAGUAUACUUCCCACAUUUCUGAUGGUCUUAGGCAACCCCUGGCAAAUUGUCAUUCGACCCCCAAAGGGGUCCCGACCCACAGGUUGAGAACCCCUGCUAUAAUGGGUUAUAGAGCAUUUCACCAAAGCUGCCAUCAGUGGCGCCAUCUGGAGGAUCUUGAAUGAAUCCUGAAGAUACAUUUUGACAACGAAGGGCAGAUGCAUGAUCUUUUUUCAUGCAAAUAAGAUUGUACAUCCCUCUCAGUUUUAUUUUGGUAAAAAUAUGCUUUCUUCAGAUGAACCAAGGGUAAGGGAAAUGAGGUAAAAAGGUAGUAAUCCCAAAUUGUUGAUGAGUUCAAGAAUCAGUAACUGGGGGCUUCAUGUAGAGAGCUAUUUUUCCUGAUAGAAAAAGUUAAGAUUACUCAUCAGCUAAGCAAAGGGGAAGAUUAAACUACUAGGUGCUCAGUCUGGUGGCUGCUGUUGUGGGAGAACUGAUAUACCAAAGUGAUCUCAACCCUUUUAACUUUCUGGAGCUCCCUCAAGACCAGAUUGGGUCAGCAAGCCUCAGGAGACUGGAGAAAUAUUGAGAUGACUCUUGUGUAAUUAACAUGUGUUUUUAAAAUUCUGUUUUAGUUUUGUGCUUUCUAUAAUUGUAAAGUUUUUAAUGUUAAUAAUAUUAUUACCAGUAAUUUGUAUAUAUGUUUUUGACUUUGUUGUACACUUGCUAGAGUCAUUGAUUAUGAGAUGGGUGGUUAUAUAAGUGUGAAAAAUAAAUAAGUCUAGCUUUCAACAGUCCUCCUUUGGAAAACUUCUCCUAGGGUAAGAGUCCAAAGGGAGAAGACUUUAGCUCAUAACCAGAGUGAGAGCAGAGUAUUGUGGGAGAAAGGUUCAGAUGAAAGCUAAUGGAUUAAGGAUCAUUGUUAAUUGGUGAGUUUAUGUGGAGUGGAGGAGCAAGAAUGGGAUUUUAAUUCCAUAUGACCCUUUUUUUAAUGUGUGGUUGGGCUUCUAUCUUUGGAACUAAAGAAACAACAAAAUGAAAAAGAUUGAUAACAUGUUUCUAAGCAGGGCACAAUCCAACCACAGUAAAAAUUAAUUUUAAAAAAGUAUUAAUAAUCAAAACUACACAAAAAUAAUACAAACUACAUCUAACAUGUUUUAUUUAUUUACUUAUGAAAAUAAAAUACUUACACAGCAAUAAAAUCCUAAAUCUAUAAACCUGGCAUCCCUAUUGUGUUACUUACUUAGUGGGAUUGUCAAGAACAAACAUACCCUCAACUGUACCAUCUUAACUACCAAUCAUGAUUGUCAACAUCUGUUCACUCAGUCUAUUACAUAAGUAAGUUUUCACAUACUUCUUUAAAAUGUUGGUGGAGGCAAUAAAACAUCAGGGUUUUAUAGGCAGUGGAAGUAAUUUUCACAGGAAUCAGCUACUUUAUGGGAGAGAGGGCAUUAACUGUUAAAGGAAGGACAGUUUGGUCCCACUCCAAGUACCUCUGCCACCUUCCUGAGUUCUGAUUACAGGACUGCUAAUGAUCCAACUGCUUGUUACCCAACUAUCGCUAAUAAAUGUGAGGCCAAAUUGCAAUACGUUCAUAUCCAUUUUUGAUAGAUCAGAAACCUUUGUUAGGUACAGAUAGGUAUAUUGUUCAGGCCACGUUUGGGUAUCACAGCAGCUAUGGCUGCAAGGUAGUUAGCACCCAGACUUACCUUGCUGGGUGAUUUCAGUUCCAGUGCAUUGGAAAUUGGCUCCAGUUCUACUCAGAAUUUCAUACUCUCCAUUGGUGAUAAUGGCCUUCUUUCAGCUGCUUUCUGCCACAACACAUAUGAAUGACAUGGUAUUAAACAUUAGACAUGGUAUGUGAUGUUCUGAUGACUAGAAUUUAUGCUCUCCCAAUUUCUAGCCUGGUGCCUUAACCACUACACCAGACUAGCUUUCAGUGAUAGAAGUAAGAAGAGUUAGACUUUAUACCAUGAAAUGCUGGUAAUUAUAAGUUUCCAGAAACAGUCCCUUAUUCAGCAAUAAGCCUUAUCUGAGUAUAUAACUCUCACAAAAAUGCAUGUGUAAUCUUUCUUAUGGAGAAGAAUAAAGACUUUUUUUACAGAUUUGUGCUAUGUGGAGCAAAGAAGCCAACAUUUUAUAAGCCUGUGUUCCAGAGCUUUUUCUUCUAGUUUUCCAAAGCAAUGUUUGUGGGAUUUUGAUGGCCUUAAGUGGCAGCUGAACUAUAAUGUUUCUGUGUAGCUGGGGAACCAGUGGUUGCCACCUCACCAAACUUAAUUUUUACAUUUGCACUGUCAGUUAUAUUUAUUGCAAGAAAAAAGAGCCGACCAACAUUUGCUAUCACUUAAAUUGUAUCAUGAAUUAAGUAAGAAAUGAAUAAGCUUUGCUAUAAAAUAUUGUUUCUAAUGAAUGUGAGAAAAAAUAAUGCUUAAAUACCUUUAGUAUGCUUUGGGUUGCAUCCAAAAGCCUUUAAAACAUUUUUAAAAUAACC